AUGGCAACAGCGCAACCAGGUCAAAGCAAAUAUGUAACACUCGUAUCCUGCGAUGGAUUCGAAUAUGUCGUUUUGAGAGAAGCUGCUUGCACCAGUGUUGCGAUUAAGAAGAUGUUGGAUCCAUCCAGUGGUUGGGAAGAGUCUCAGACAGGAGUCUGCCGUUUCUCAGAGAUCAGUGGUGUCGUCCUUGAGAGAGUCGCCGAAUACUUUUACUACAACUACAAGUAUCGCAACUCGGAGAAUGUGCCAGACAUGGAAAUUCCUGCAGAGUUGUGCCUUGAGUUGUUGAUGGCAGCCGAUUACUUGGACACAUAA